AAACAGCCAGACUUCCCCAGUUUCAGGAAAUUCCAAGCUGGGCAGAGGGAGGGGCCAGGCUUGGGGGUGCGCCCUGUCCAUCCCCCACCCCCUCUGCGAGUUCUAGUCCCAGCCUCUUCCCGCCCCACACUCAGGACACAGGGGCCUCCGCGUUUCCACCACUGCUUUCUAGUCUCGUGAAACCUACAGGCAAAUUUUGGAGAAGAAGGGCUGGACGAGGCCUGUGUCUCAACCCUGUCUGCUGGGGACAGCGAACUGAACUGAGCUGGACUGAGCAGCGACUCUGCGUCUGCUUGGGCUCCUACCAUGGCCCCCGAGAGGGGCUGACACCUUAGUUGGGUGCAGGUGAGAUCCGCCCCGGAGGAAGAAGGAAGAAGGCGAAGGCAGGGCACUAGGAGGCGGAGGCGGACUCUGAGCCAGGGGGAGAGGGGUCCCAGUUGGAGCCCGAGUCGAGGGAGUGCGCGGAGCCGGCUGGGGAGGACCGCGAGUGACUGUUAAAACAAAAGUACAAGGUCAUCAGAGUCCCUCCCAGAAGUUCCACAGAAAACAGCCAAGUUCCAGGAUACGGACAGAGAUGCCAGUGCUGAAGCAGCUGGGCCCCACGCAGCCCAAGAAGCGGCCCGAUCGAGGCGUCCUGUCCAUUUCGGCGCCGCUCGGCGACUUUCGGCACACGCUGCACGUGGGGCGCGGCGGCGACGCCUUCGGGGAUACCUCGUUCCUGAGCCGCCACGGCGGCGGGCCGCCCCCAGAGCCCUGGACGCCCCCGGCCGGCGCCCCGCGCACAGCACCGCCGCCCGCUGUCCCACAGCCCCCGGCGCCUGCUCUCCGGGCGCCCGCGCCCGCGGACCCGCUGCUGUCCUUCCACCUGGAUUUGGGCCCCUCCAUGCUGGAUGCGGUACUGGGCGUCAUGGACGCAGCGGGCCCAGUGGCUGCGGCCGCCAAGCCUGACGCGGACCCCGGCACAGGGACUCAGCACCCCAGGGCCCGCUACGGCCCCAACGCGGACCUCGAGCUGGACGACAUCAUCGGCCUUUAGGCGCUCCCAAUCCUUGCACCCCGGCGCUGUAUACAUAAAUGGCCAAGGCCCGUA